UCUUUCACUUUGAUCCUACCACCACAAAGUCAAGACCAGAAUCGCUUUAUUAUCCAAACCCCCCAAAAAGAAAGAAAAAAAAAGCGGAAAAAAAGGCCGAAACGCCAACUGCAGCAUCCAUUUGUAAAGAAAAGAAAAGAAAAGAAAAGCUACUUCUGGUUUGGACCUCUUCUUCUUCCUCUUCCUCUUCCAUAGAUACAGGUGAGAUGAGAUGAGAUGAUAGAUUCAGCUCCUUUCAUUUCUUCCAAUCUAGUCUAGUGAGAGGUACCGUUGUGCUCUGUAAUUGUGAUAGACUCCCACUCCUCAGUCCUCACCCAUCGAUCGAAAAAAAAAAGAAAAAAGAAAAAUUUAUACUACAGGAACAAACAAAUGAUGGCUGAAGCAGCCGGUUGCUUUUCUCCAAUACGACGUUUGAGUAGUUUUCCCUCUGCUACUGCUGGAAAUGAUGAUACUAAAUCAUCAUCGUCUGCUGCUCUUGCUUUUUCAUCUUCCAUGGCUUUCCCCCGGUCCUUGAAGCUCCGAUCUAGGCCUCUCACCGCCACCACCACCAACAACAGCUCCUCCUCCCGCUGCACUUCUGCUUCUGGCGGGGAACUACUACCGUCUACUCAACCCAAAAGCCACGUCCCCUCUCAUACCUCUGCUCCUCCUCGGAUCAUGACGAGGUCCAGCGGAAUUAUUGGGAAAGCUCAGAAAUGGUGGGAGAAAGGCCUCCAACCUAACAUGAGAGAGGUCAUGGGUGCCCAACACCUUGUGGAUUCUCUCUUAAGCUCUGGGGACAAGCUAGUGGUUGUUGAUUUCUUUUCCCCUGGUUGCGGUGGUUGCAAAGCCCUUCAUCCCAAGAUAUGCCAAUUGGCAGAGAUGAAUCCGGAUGUGCUGUUCCUUCAGGUGAAUUAUGAGGAGCACAAGUCUAUGUGCUACGCUCUUAACGUCCACGUCCUGCCCUUCUUUCGUUUCUACAGGGGUGCUCAUGGACGUCUCUGCAGCUUCAGUUGUACCAAUGCCACGAUCAAAAAAUUCAAAGACGCGUUGGCCAAGUAUGGCGCAGAUUUUUGCAGCCUGGAGCCAACAAAGGGCCUGGAGGAGAAGGAGCUCCUCGCACUCGCGGCUAACAAAGAUCUCUCCUUUAACUACGCACCUAAGCCACAGCCAUCUGUAGUUGCUUCUCAACAAGAGAAGAUCAUUACAGAAAAAGCAGUGGCCACACCUGGUGCAGACUCUGAACGUCCUCUCCCUCUUCCGCUUCCUCUGCCGCUUCCAUUCGCCGCACAACAAAAGAUGGAACGAGACCCUGAGAAGAGGACUUUAAUCUCCAAAGGAAGAUCAACCGGUUGACGUCUAUAGUAGUCCCCGAUUACCAUAUCGAUUCUUGUACAGUUUUCCCUGUAAGUUGGCAAGGUUGACAAGAUAGUUGCAUAUACGAAUGAUAGUUGUAUUGUGUAUAUAUUCCCCGGAGAGUUGUAAGCUUUGCUGCUCGAGUGUUUUGGAUCCAAGCUUGCAAGGCGAUAGGGACUGCGCGAGGACUCGGGAUCGUUUGGACUUCCGCUUUUUUGGCCCGAGGGAAGUCCAUGUGUUGUUGUGUGCAUCAGAAAGAGAAUUCUAUUUGGAACCAUACCAUGUACUCGUGUUGAAUAUAAGAAGAUAAUCAGGGUUAAAAAUAUUGUAAAUA